UUGAGGAUUUUGGUAGUAUAUAAAUAAGCCCAAUUCAAUUAUUUGUUUUGUAGAAUAAAACAACCAACCAACCAUCCUCGCCAUGACAAAAUGAGAACUGGGUAGAAAGGUGUCCAUUUUCAUAUAAAUUGUUUUAUUUUGAAAAACUGAUAGUUUAUAGCGGAAGAGGCUUUCCAGUUUAAAACGUAACCGGAUGUUGUCAUGUUAGCCUUAGUUGCUAAGUGCUGAUAGUAAAACGUCUUAACACUUGUGUGUAAUUAAUAUGUCAGUCUUUUCUUGACAGUCUUAGAGAAUAUUUUUCUUACGUAUCUGUUGGGUCGCUGCGAUUAUUUCUAGCAUUAGCCCGCAGUUCGUUCGUCAAUUAGCCUUCAUUAGAAGAAUGAAUGGACUACUAUGUGGAGCUAAAGUAGUUGAUAGCAGAGACUUAACCAAUGUUUUUAAUGAUGAAGUAUUUAAAGCUGAUGUUUUAAAGCUGCAAAAGGGACAGAGUGGACCCAGAACUACCGACCAUGGCAGUGUAAAAACACAAUAUGAGGGCCAGAUGGCUGAAACCUUGAUCUACUUGAAAAUGUGAAGGUUACAAACAAAGAUUGUUAAAAGGAGAAGUCAAGUGGAGUGAGGAUGUCUGAGACGAUGAAGGUUGAAGCAGAUGAACCUGAAGGGUUCAGCUUGGACCCACCUAUACCUGCAGCAUCCACAUCAGAACUGGAGGAGGAAACACAGAACAGCAAAGAUCUCAUCCACCAGAUGUUGGUGAUCAAAGUGAUUCCCCAGGACUGGAGCCCCUGUUUGGACCAUCAAGAUCCAGAAACCUUCAACAUAAAGGAGGAAGACAAAGAACUGUGUAUCAGUAGGGAGGAAGAGCAGCAUACUGUGAAGACUGAAGAUGAAGAGAAACUUGAGCUUCCUCAAAUCAAAACUGAAGACAUCAGAGAGACAGAAGCUCUAAGCAGCAGCUCGACUGAACAGAGGGGAAUAGAAGUAGGUGGAGAGGGCUGUGAAGGAUUACAACCACACUGGAGCCAAGAUCCAGUAGGUUAUUUCCAAAAAAGUAAGCUGAUGGUUGAAGGAAGAGGUAAGGCAUCCAAACUGUCUUCCAGUGUUCCUCCUCAGCAUGAAGUCCACACAGGAGAGAAGCCAUUUGGUUGCAAUAUUUGUGGAAAAAGAUUCAAACUUAAGACAAAUGUUAAGUUACACCUGAUGAUUCACACUGGAAUGAGAGAACAUAGGUGUGAUCUUUGUGGGAAGGGAUUUAAAGAAAAACUUUCUCUUCAGACUCAUAUGCGAGUCCACACUGGAGAGACUCCAUUUUCCUGUGAAGACUGUGGGAGGAGAUUCCAUGCCAAGAGAAAUCUUAACAUUCACUUGAAGCUCCAUUCUGGUGGAAAAGCGUUUUCCUGUGAUGUCUGUGGUGCAAGAUUUAAGGUAAAGGAAAGUCUUAAAAAGCACAUAUGGAUCCACACUGAAGAGAGACCUUUUGUAUGUAGUGUUUGCAAUAAAGGUUUUUCACAACAAAAUAUUCUAAAGAGACACAUGCUUAUUCACACAGGAGAGAAACACUACAUUUGUAGUGUUUGUAGCAAAGGAUUUUUGCGGCAAGGGGAUCUAAAGAGUCACAUGCGCGUUCAUACAGGAGAGAAACCAUUUACUUGUAGCAUUUGUAGUAAAGGAUUUUCACAACAAGUGUAUUUGAGAAGGCACCUCGAUAUUCACAACGCACAAUUUAGCUGUGGAAACUGUGGCAAGUGUUUUGUGAAGGAGACCCAGUUAAAGCGACAUGUGAGGCUGCACACAGAGGAGAGGCCAUUUGGUUGUGAUGUCUGUAAAAGCAGGUUUAUUCAAAGGAAUCAUCUUGAAAAUCACAUGAGAGUCCAUUCAGGAGAAAAACAGUUUGUUUGUCAUGUCUGCAGUAAAGGAUUUUCCUUGCAUGGAGACCUGAAGAGACACAUGCGUGUUCACACAGGAGAAAAACCUUUUGUUUGUAGUGUUUGCAGUCAGAGAUUUUCACGACCAGCAUAUCUGAGAAAACAUAUGGAUAUUCACACUGUACCUUUUAAAAGCUUUAGUGAUUGUAGUUAACUUUUUAUGAAGGAAUUGGAGAUAAAGACUCAAGACAGAGAAACCUUUUGGUUGUGAUGUUUGUAAAAGCAGAUUUAGUAUAAAUAAGAAUUCUCAUCAUAAGUAUUUAACAGUCCAUCAAGGAGAUAAGACAGUUUAUUUCCUUAUUUUGCUGUAAAUGUUUUUUCUUCAUAUAUAGGUGUUCAAAAGGGCUGCAACUUAUUAUUUUGAUGUCAAAAAUAAAAACGUGGGCAUACCUUCUGUUACCAGUGCUGUGAAAUAUUUGACUACCUUCUCGAGUUUGCACAUCUGAUAAGUACGAUCAUGUUUUGUGUGGCCAAAUUUUAGCAAUCCCUGUUGGGAGUUUUCUCAUCAUGGGAUGCAAAACUGUGCUGUAGUUUGUUCACUUUGCUUUGUUUAUUGAAUUUGUUGUCACCUCAAGAAUAAGCCUUUUUCAUCCUAAAAGAGUGAUGAGAAAUCCACUUACAGGUCUAAGUAGAGGAGAGAAAGACACUAAACUGAUCAUUUUUAUGGCUAUCAAAAUAAAGUGGCAAGUUUCUGAGAAUGUUUUGUCUUCUAUUUAACUAGAACUGAAGGGACAUUUUAGUAGAUGAAUUAUUGCGUGUCAUCAAAAUGGAGACUAAACAGUCUUACCCUUAAUCAAAGUGUGUAUCACAAAAGUUUAUUUAAUGUUGUUUAAGUCAGAUUUAUACUUUGAAGCAAAGGAUAAAGCAUUUUAGGUGAUUUCAGAAAUAAUAGAUUUGUAAAAAGAAUCAAACCAAGUAAGAGCAGCACAUUAAGACAGAUUCACAAGAACUGUAGUUCUGACAAAUAUUAGUUUCUUUUUGGUUUAAUAUUGUUAAGAAGCGAUGUGUUCUUGUUCUUUAUUCUUGCUUAUUAUUGUGGUGCAGCGCAUUUGUUGAAGUCUAUUUAAGAUACAAAUAAAGUUGACAUGAACAGAAA